UUACCUGCGAGCGGUAUCGCAAUUUCGAAUCGAAGUCUGCUCUUUCGUGUCUGUUUUAUUUUCCUCUGCAAACGGGCACGGGUUGCGAUUCAGUGCAACGGUCAGCGUACGUUUCUGUACACCGGUUACCAUUUCUCUGAAAGCAGUGCGAGAAAAGCCAACGAGAGAUAUCUACGAAUAGUUUAACGAAGAACGAGGGAUUAAUUGGUUGCACGUUUCCACGCGUGUGAAUUAUAGAAAUCGAGAUAUAGCGGCCGAUUAAAAAAAUCACUUGAUGCGCUGAGGAUGCGCCGUGAUUUCUGCAACGGUGGGCUUGCCUGCGCCGUUGUGUGGGUGUCAUCGACCUGCUGGCUGCUACUAUCUUUGUCAUCGUCGGUCACAGCAGAGCCAUCGUUAAAGGCAGUAGGUCGAUGUCCAGCCUUCGAGGAGCAGAAUCUAUGUCCCGCGAGGGCGCCAAGUUGCAAAACUGACUUUCAAUGUCAGGCAACGGGAGAACGCUGCUGCCAAACAGCUUGCGGCAUGAAAUGCGUCACCGGCGAGCUGACAGGAUGCGAACAGCUGGCGCAGGCAGCCGUGAGAAGAUCGCGUGCCCUUGGUCCACACGGGCCGUCACAAUUCAUACCAAAGUGUAACAACGAGACCGGCGAAUUCAUAAGGAUACAAUGUGAUCCACGUGAGAAGCACUGCUGGUGCGUGGACGAGAUCGGCGUUGAGGUUCCAGGUACCAGGGGAUCCUCCAAGGACAUGAUCGAUUGCGACAAUCCUCGGGAGUGCCCGGCGCAUAGCUGUCGGAUGCUAUGUCCAUUGGGCUUUGAGAUCGAGCCGAAAACGAGCUGUCCUAAAUGUGAGUGCCGGGAUCCUUGCCGUGGGAUCACCUGUCCGGGGACCAGUCAAACGUGCGAGUUGAUUGAUGUAACGUGCGCCCGUCCACCAUGUCCGCCAAUUCCCAGCUGUCGCAAAGCGAAGUCACUGUCUACGAUCUGCCCAGCCGGCGAACCGCUGCAAAUCACGGACUCACCAAGACCAUUUCUCUGCGGCAACUCACGUGGGAAACCAACCUGCCCGCCGAUGUAUAGCUGCCUCGUAGAGCCGAAACAGGAGUACGGGGUCUGCUGUCCAUCCAACAUUACACUGAAAAGACCGGGAACGUGCCCGUUGGAAGAGCCAGCGAUCUGUGGUAAUUCCUGUCAGCAUGACUUAGAAUGUCCAGGGCCGCAGAAAUGUUGCAAAAGCGAGAAGUGCGGCGGUGGGGUUUGCUCCGUUCCACGGGGACUCAGUGCUUGUCAUAGAGAUCGGAUGCUGGCGGAAAUGCUGAGUAUCUCUGAGAGGCAAGGGCGUGGAUAUGUUCCUCAAUGCAUGGAAGACGGUGGUUAUGAGAGCCGGCAGUGUUCGAGAAAUGGGUUAGUUUGCUGGUGCGUAGAUAACAACGGUCGAAAGAUAUCCGGUUCCAUGGGACCAGCGGAUAAAGUUGAUUGUAAGUCGAUAACAAAGGGAAGGUCCCUUCCGGCCUCCUGUGUUUCGCAACAGUGCGCUCAGGUUUGCCAAUAUGGAUUUAAAAAUGACGCUUCCGGGUGUCCAACUUGCGAAUGUGAUAAUCCUUGCGAAGGUUUUCCGUGUCCAGCAGGAGAGCAAUGUGUACUGCAUCGUGAGGAUGGCUGUCCAGACUUCCUCUGUCCAACCAGACCGGAGUGUAAACCUAAGAAAGCUUAUAAAAGUCCCUGUGUUUAUGGAACUCCAUUAAUCGAUGACGAACGAAACGCGGUAACCUGUUCUGAGAACGACACUUGCCCCCAAAGCUACAAAUGCACCGUUGUACCGGAAGCUGGACAAUCCGUAUGCUGUAUGACGUCAGCCAAUUCCACGAAAGCACAGACCAUGUGUGAAUAUUUGAGGGAAUUCAAUGAACGCAUGGAAGGAACAAGAAAAGACAUGUCUCUGGCAACCUCGCCUCCACAAUGCGAAAAGGAUGGCAGUUAUAAGCCUCUACAAUGCCACAACGGUACUUGUUCCUGCGUGAAUGACCGCGGUGUUGUUCUAAAAAGAGGAGUGAAUCGCAGCACCGAUUGUAAAGAGAUAAACGAUCUACUAAAGCUAUGCGGAUCUUUAUCCUGCGAUUUAACCUGCCCUUACGGCUACGAAGUAGAUGCAACUGGUUGUGAACAAUGUCAUUGUCACGAUCCCUGCAAAGACGUUUCCUGUGGUCCCCACGAAACCUGCACAAUGGUCGAUGUGAAUUGUGGAUCAGGACAACAUUGUCCAGCAGUUCCAGCCUGUCUGGCUAUGAAACCAGGCCAGUGUCCAUAUUUGGUACCAAGUUCGUCGAGUUGUGAACUACAAUGUAGCAACGAUCAGGAAUGUUCGGCAAAAGAAAAAUGCUGUUCCACUGGUUGUGGAACGCAGUGCGUGGCUCCUGUGAUGGCCACUGCUUGCCAACAUGCACGUGCAGUUGCAGAACACGCGGCCAGAGAGUCUGGAGAACCAGCUAGAAGAAUCUACAUUCCCAGAUGCGAUGCCAGUGGAGCUUUUGAGCCAGUUCAGUGUCACAAUGGAAUGUGCUGGUGCGUAGACAAGGAGGGCAGGGAAGCAGCAGGUACUCGUGUUCUCGAAGGAAUAGUACCAAAGUGUAGUACACCGCUCAUGUGUCCAGAGAUCGAUUGCAAGCUUGACUGUCCUGAUGGAUUCGAACUGGAUCCUGAUAGCGGUUGUCCAACGUGUUCCUGUCGAGAUCCUUGCAGGUCCGUGACUUGUCGUGGAGAAAAUGAAGCUUGCAGAAUGGUCGAAGUAGCCUGUAGCGUACCACCAUGUCCACCUGUACCAGUCUGUUUACCAAAAAAAGAUAAUCCUUGUCCGAAUGGAUCUCCUCUAUUGGAUCAUAAUGGUUCUCCAGCGAUUUGUGGUCCGCAUGGCCAACACUGUCCAUCCACGCACAAAUGUGAACUAUCUCCUUUGGAUGAAUACGCUGUAUGCUGUCCAAAACCUCGCGAAGUUUGUUUCGAACCACCACGAAAAGUAUCGUGCAAUCUGGGAAUAGGUGCGAAUGAAACAGAAAGAUGGUACUUCGACCCAGAACGUAACGAGUGUAGGAGGAAAUCUGAGUGUACUCUAGGUCACAAUGACUUCUCCAGUCGCCUGGUAUGCGACACCGUAUGCCCUGUAUUAUCACAAUGCGAACGACUUAGGGAGAAGAACUUAAAAACGUCUCAGAGGCUGAAGCAACCGACCUUUUUACCUCGGUGUGACCCAGAAAACGGCAUGUGGGAGCCUGUACAGUGUUUGGAACACGUCGGUGUUUGCUGGUGUGUCAACAGAAAGGGUCAGCCGGUGAAAGGUUCGCUUACCAGAGGACCAGAGCCGAAGUGUAACUUCAGGCAGGCCAGACGUGGAGGCAGGGGACCGGCAAUUCAAGAAAUCGACCGUGAAAUUCAGGCCUUCAUGGAGAAUGCUCUAAUUAACUUGGAAACUGAUGAAAAGCAAAUCGGGAAAAUAUUAGGUACUAGAUGUCAGGCCAUGAAGGAUAAAGGCCAUGUUCCAGCCAUUUGCGAUCGUCAGGGCAGGUUCGAACCAACGCAGUGCGCUGGUGAUACGUGUUGGUGCGUCGAUGAGGCGGGCAAUCAACUCACUGGAUCGGAGCCAUUCCUGAAGGGAACGAAUAUUUGCUUGCCAACACCAGUAGAGGCUGUAGAAAUUACUCUACAUUUUCCGGGACGAUUCCUCGCUGAUGAUGAGGGUACACUCAUUAGACAAGCAGAGGAACUUCUUCACGAUCUAGGCGCCAGAAUAAAGAACGACGUACGGGUGGUAAUCAACCAAGACUCAGCUAUACUCAGUUUCGAAGUAAUAGGUCCAAACAAAGUGGACAUAGCGUUCCAUUUGGAAGAAUUAACCAGAAUACAAAAGCUGUCUAUGUUGGGCUCGUUUGCGGACGCAACUACUUCUCGUUUCACGCACAAAUCUCCACCAAUGGCCAUGCAAAGUAGAAUUGUAGCGUUGGAGCAACGGGAAAUCCUCACGGAAGUGGAAACACCCGUUUACCAAACAGCCACUUUGGUCUUAGCUGCCGGAAGCGCUUUUAUUAUUAGCAGUUUGCUAAUUUUAUUAAUGUUGUACCGUAAAAAGAUAAAAAUGAAAGAUCCAUCGAAAGCGUUAGCUGCAGAUCAACAUUUUCUUGCGUACCAGCAACCAGUGUAUGUGAUAUCGGGUGUAGAACAAGAAGAGAAAAAGAACGACAUCGCUGAAGCGCAAGAGAGUACGUCUACAUCGGAUGUGGUUGUCGGUUCAUAGAACGAUCGAGAAAUCGACGCGUAGAUCGCUCUUAUCCCGUGCGCGAAUAUAGUCAUGAUCAAAGUCACGUCUACGUAAUCCCCUUCAUAUUUCGAUGAGAUAUUUAUUCUUUGAAUACGAGAUACAUCGCGACUGCCAAAAUCGACGGUCGACCGAAUAAAUUGCAAACGGUACUUCCUUUACUGUGGGUGUCAUAUGAUAUUGAUUCCAUAAUACAAGGUGUAACGUAGCUACGAUUUUCAUAGAGCAGAUAAGAAAAGAGAUUCGAUCGGCCGUCGAGAAAUAAUAGUUCUUGUUUAGAACAAUCGGAUCUUCUCGCGGGUCUCUCUAUUUCGUCUCGAACGUGU